AUGCCGUCUGAUGAGCGCAAAAGUACUAGAUUUAUAUAUUUCUUGUCGAUCACAACAAGUGCAUCGUUUUGCACACCUUGUUAUCGCGUAUUAUUCAAUAUUUGUGCAGGAUUGCUUCCACAGCUUCAAUUACUUAUACGACAUAAGAUAAACACAAUAAAUGGAUGUUUGUGUCUUGCUUUUCGCUUUAUCGUGGGUAAAGAUGGUUCUCCAUCAAUCUAUCCCUUUUUGAAUUCGCUUCUUUUUUUGAGAAAAGAGCCCAAAACUGCAGUGGACCGCGAUAAAAGUGCUGAUUAUUUAUUGUUCUACACGUAA